GUAAAAUUUGGAAAUACAACAUUUAAGACAGAUGUGUAUCCUAAAUCACUUAAUCCCCAGUGGAAUUCUGAGUGGUUCAAAUUUGAAGUAGAUGAUGAAGAGCUGCAAGACGAGCCUCUCCAGAUCACAGUUCUUGAUCAUGAUACCUACAGUGCUAAUGAUGCCAUUGGCAAAGUGUACAUAGAUAUUGAUCCUUUGCUCUAUAGUGAAGCAGCUACAGUUAUUUCAGGAUGGUUUCCAAUUUAUGAUACCAUUCAUGGUAUACGUGGGGAGAUCAACGUGGUGGUGAAAGUAGAUCUCUUCAAUGAUUUAAACAGAUUUAGGCAGUCAUCCUGUGGAGUCAAGUUUUUUUGCACUACAUCUAUUCCUAAGUGUUACAGAGCAGUAAUAAUUCAUGGAUUUGUGGAAGAACUUGUAGUUAAUGAAGACCCAGAAUACCAGUGGAUAGACCGAAUUCGUACACCAAGGGCAUCAAAUGAGGCUAGACAAAGACUUAUUUCACUCAUGUCAGGUGAAUUGCAAAGGAAGAUUGGCUUGAAGGUGCUUGAAAUGAGAGGAAAUGCUGUUGUUGGUUAUUUGCAGUGUUUUGAUUUGGAGGGAGAGUCUGGACUAGUUGUGCGCGCCAUAGGAACAGCCUGCACGUUGGAUAAAUUAAGUAACACAUCAGCAUUUUUACCUGCAUGUAACUCCCCAUCCAAAGAAAUGAAGGAGAUUCCCUUCAAUGAAGAUCCCAAUCCCAAUACUCAUUCAUCAGGACCCUCCACCCCUCUGAAAAACCAAACCUAUUCCUUUUCACCUUCCAAGUCCUACAGUCGACAGUCCUCUUCUUCUGACACAGAUUUGAGUUUGACACCCAAAACUGGAAUGGGCAGUGGGAGUGCUGGAAAAGAAGGGGGGCCAUUUAAAACUCUCUUAAGACAACAGACUCAGUCAGCUCUGGAACAAAGG